AUGUCAAUCCUCAGCGCGGCCGAUACGGUGCCGCCGGCGGAGAAUGACCUCGGCACCUACAUGGGCCAAGAGAACUGGAGGCUGCGCAUCCGCAAAGAGCAGUCUCGGGCGCCAAAGAACGCAGAAUUCUCCCUGCGGCUGGCCGUGCGUGCCCUCGACGUCACGAAGAAGCCGAAUCAGGUGGAUCCAGGAGAAAAGGGUGCGGCAGACGCUCUCCUCGACGAGGAGACCGCGAGGAAUUUCCGAGCUCACCUAGUUGCCAAGACGGGCGCCCCCGGCCACUUCGAACUCUGGCCGGAGACGUCGCAGCACAACGUUGGCUGGCUGGUGCAGGACAACACGGGGGGGCGGCCCUUUGAGGAUCGCCAAACCCUGGUGGCUGCCGCGCCCGGGCUGGGCUUUGGCUGGAGGCACGCUUCCGUGUUGACGCCUCCGGGCAGCGCGGGCGGCAAGGUGCCAGCAGCUGCCCGCCAGCGAACGCCGAGCGCAGGCACGCCCGCGCCAUCGCUGUCAGGCAAAAGCUGUGUGCUGCCUCCCAAGGAG